AUUUUAGGUAACGCUCCUCCCUUUAGACCUGCUCGUCUCCACCCACAGCACAGGCAGCAGCAGCAGCAUGUGCAGGAUAAAAAGGGAUAGAGGCAGAGCCGUGCAUCUCAGUCAGUCUCAUUCUCCUCUAGGCAGGCAGAACUCCUGAGCACUCAAGAUGGCUUACAGAAGCAGCUCCACUUACUCCUCCUACGGGGGUUCAACUUCAGGUGGCUAUGGAGGUGGAGGCUUCGGUGGUAGUGCAGGCUUCGGUGGUGGUUUCGGUGGUAGUGGUAGCAUUCGAAGAGGUUAUGCUUCCAGCGUGAGUGGUGCAGGUGGCUCAGGAGGAAGAAUGUCAGUUUCUUACGGUUCCGGCAGAGCAAGUGGUGGUGGAGGUGGUGGAAGCAGCUACAGCUUCAGCUCUGGUGGAGGCUUCGGCGGAGGCUCUGGUGGAGGUGGAGGCUUCGGCGGAGGCUUUGGCGGAGGCUUCGGUGGAGGAGCUGGCGGAGGUGGAGGUGGAGGCAUGGACUUUGGGACCAACGAGAAGGCCACCAUGCAGAACCUGAAUGACCGCCUGGCCUCCUACCUGGAGAAGGUGCGUAGCCUUGAGAAGGCCAACGCUGAGCUGGAGCUGAAGAUCCGCCAGUUCAUGGAGAGCAAGACCUCCCCCGCUGCACGGGACUACUCACAUUUUGAGGCCAUCAUUGCUGACCUGCAGGGAAAGAUCCAAGAAGCAACCCGUGUCAAUGGAGGCAUCUAUCUGUCCAUCGACAAUGCAAAACUGGCAGCAGAUGACUUCAGAACAAAGUUUGAGAAUGAGCUUGCCAUGCGUCAAUCAGUGGAGGCAGAUAUCGCCGGUCUCAAGAGAGUGUUGGAUGAGCUGACACUGGGCAGAUCAGACCUGGAGAUGCAGAUCGAAGGCCUCAAGGAGGAGCUGAUCUUCCUCAAGAAGAACCACGAGGAGGAAUUGGCAGCCAUGAGAACCCAGAUGACUGGACAGAUCAACGUGGAGGUGGACGCAGAAAAACAACCAGACCUGAGCAGCAUCAUGGAGGAAAUGCGUGAACAGUAUGAGGCUGUGGCUGCCAAAAAUGCAAAAGAGCUUGAAAACUGGUUCCAAUCACAGACAGUGACGCUGACCCAGGAGGUGGCCGCCAGCACAGAGAGCAUCCAGACAUCCAGGACAGAAAUCACUGAUCUCAAACGUACUCUGCAGGGCCUGGAGAUCGAAUUACAGUCCCAACUAAGCAUGAAAGCCGGCCUGGAAGGCAGUUUAGCUGAGACACAGAACCGGUAUGCCAUGCAGCUCAACGGCCUCCAGAUGCAGGUGACGAUGCUGGAGGAGCAGCUGGUGCAGAUGCGUGCCGACAUGGAACGCCAGGGCCAAGAAUACAAAAUGCUGCUCGACAUCAAGACCAGGCUGGAGAUGGAGAUCAGUGAAUACAAGAGGCUGAUCGACGGAGAGUGCAGUGCCAUAAGCUCUGGAAUGCUAUCGUCCAGCAGCAGCAGCAGCACCAGCAGAAGCAGCGGCGGCGGCAAAGUGGUGAUUGUCACAGAGGAGAUAAAGGAUGGAAAGGUGGUGUCCUCCUCCACCUCCACCACCCGCACCUAAUCUGUCUCGUGCAGUCAGAGCAACACAAGGGGCCACGCCUGAGGACAACAAUAUACACAACAUAUGAUCCCAAUACCUUCACAUACACAUGUGAAUGC